ACAUUUGCGCUCUCCGUCGGUUUCCACCCGCGUCUGGCCUGUUCCACUUCCACAGCCCACACUGCUGAAAGUAGGCCAUCCCCCUCUGGCCGUUACUCUGCGUGUGUUACGUCUGACGUCAGAGCGUCAGCUGGCCGAAUGUUUACAUCCAGCAGUGAUGUGUUUCUGACUGGAUCCCCCACCAACAAAAGGCUGAGCACAAGGAAAAGCGCAGAGACAGAGAAUAUCAGGCGGCGUUAAUAAGAGUCAGGAUGGGUGGAGCUGUGAGUGCCGGUGAGGACAACGAUGACUUGAUUGACAACCUUAAGGAGGCUUACUACAUCCGCUCAGACCUGGUGGAGCGAGCUUUCCGAGCUAUCGACCGUGCAGACUAUUACCUGGAUGAAUACCGGGAUAACGCAUAUAAGGAUCUGGCAUGGCGGCACGGAAACAUCCACCUAUCUGCUCCGUGUAUUUACUCGGAAGUGAUGGAGGCUUUGGAUCUCCACCCUGGACUCUCCUUUCUCAACCUUGGCAGUGGGACGGGCUACCUCAGCACCAUGGUCGGCCUCAUUCUGGGUCCCUUUGGAGUGAAUCACGGCAUAGAGUUACACGCAGAUGUGAUAGAGUACGCCUACCAGAAGCUCGACUCCUUCAUUAAAACCAGCGACAGUUUUGACAAAUUUGAGUUCUGUGAGCCAUCCUUUGUGGUGGGAAACUGCUUGGAGAUCCCUCCAGAGAGCCGUCAGUAUGACAGGGUGUACUGCGGGGCCGGCGUGCAGAAAGAGCAUGAGGAUUAUAUGAAGAACCUGCUCAAGGUGGGGGGCAUCCUGGUGAUGCCUCUUGAGGAAAAGUUGACCAAGAUCACUCGAACGGGACUGAACAGCUGGGAGACCAAAAAGAUCAUCUCUGUGUCCUUCGCCCCUCUGGUGCUGCCCAAACACAGCACCAACAGCAAACCCAAGACUGUUCCACUACCCAAGUUUGAGGUGCGAUCGUUACAGGAACUGGCCCGUAUCUGCAUCCGCCACACCCUCAGGGUGACCACGGAUGGAGGAGACAGCCACUCCCGUGGCCGAGGCUCCUCGUUCAGCGUUGGCCGGGGCCUGGCGGUGGCAGGGCUUCAUAAGUAUGGGCCUCGUUUCAAACGCAGGAGGGUCCACCGGCGGCACUGCAACGCCCUCGUCCUGGCCACCCGCCAGGUCGUAGCCAGCAGUGGGAUUGGUCCUGCUUCCUUGGACAACAACAACAACCAGGGGGCACGAGGAGCGGAGGAAGAGGAGGAGGCAGGAGAGAGGGAAGUGAGGCAGCAGAUGAGAGGGGGCAGGAGGGUGGGGAGGGGAUCUGGAGGCAGGGCAGUCGUGGUGGAGGAGGAGGAGACGGUGGAGGAGGAGGAUGAAGAGGAGGAGCAGGAAGAGGAAGAAGAGAAGGAGACGGGCGAGCUGCUCCGACCCCAGCCCGCUGUGAAUGUCCUGAGAGAAAGGAUCCUGGGCCUGCCGCUACCCGAGCCUCUGAAGAUGUACCUGCUGUACUACAGAGAGAAAUGAGCUGCAGCCAGGUCCCGAGUCAGAGUCCAGAGCUGGAAUCUUGCAGGGGCUAAAGCCUCUGUUCCAAUCCCACCACCUCCUGUACAGGCAGGACGAUACACCUUACUGACCCCAAGCUCCGCCACGGGUCUGUUUCUCUCUUUUACCUGCCCUCAUAGUCGCCAUCAUCCAUCCUGUUUCUGCCCCCUCUUUUUCCCGCUGCUCUUUACUCGAGUCAUUUUCUGGUGCUGUGAAAAGUCAGCUCCGUACGUCCAGGGGAGGGGGAGGGAGGGUUUUCCAUUUGUAAACUUUGGACCUCCUUUGGGGUGCAAAAAGACAGAAAUUGGUAUAAAAUAAACCAUUUAUGAAUUAGCUCUGCAGCUCUAAUAUUAGAAACAGCAGUUUAACAGUCCACUGUUGCCUGAGUACAUAGCUUGUACAGGGGCAUCUUAGUGGCACUCAGAGAAGAUACAGUCACAGGGUAAACAAGACAACCCAAGAUCAAAGACUGUAGCAGAGGGAUCGGUUUAGCCACAGCCUGGAACUGAUUACAGCUGGAGAGUACAGAAUGAUGGAGUGGAAGCCAGUUUGUCCACAAGCAGCUGUUAUCACUGGGAUGAUGUCAUUUUACUAAAGAAGAUUCAGAUUAAAGGGUAUGAGAACUAAAUAGAUUUUCUUUGGUGAUGUUGUAGCUAUAGCAGACAACCGCAAGAUAGCGUGGCAGGUUUCUUCCACAGAUUUCUAAAUAAAAUGGGAGCUGUGCCUUUAGCCCCCAGUCCAUGAUGUAAUUUAAGCCCUUAAAGGAUAAUUGUGGUUUAUUUGUUUCUGUUGUGUCUCGACACUAACAGAGAUGCUCUAAGAGCCAUUUCACUUGCUGUUAAUCCCAGUGUAGAGAGAGUAGGCUGCUGCAGAGGAUGCUGGUCAGCUACUAGCUUUUUUUACACCUGCUUCUAGAAUAAAAACACAACACUGAUAAUAUGUCAGGCUGGAAAUCAAAUUGUACUCGUCUUUUUUUUCUGUUUUUUUUUAUUUUUAAACAAGGAAACUGGUUCUAGUCUCCUGCUAAUACAUGCUAAUUGGUCAGCUGAGCAUUUCUGCCAUGCUUCCUUGAUGGAUUCAAAUGUUUACAAAUGAUAAGUACAUACUAGAAGUCUGGGCUAGCAUACAGCUGCCUGUGUUGGCACAACUUUCAGUCAAAUCAAAGUCUGAGCCCUCGCUUAAUUUUUCAGCCUGAGAGGUUGCUGCUUUGAGGAACCCACAGAACUACAAUAACCAGGGGAGCACAGCAAAUUUAAAUAAAACCAGAAUUACCCUUUAAAUUAUCUUAUUUUUAAGGCUGACGCUCGGUCAUCUUUUCCCUGUGUUUUAAGAGCCUAGUUGACGAUCUACUGGGCUGAGUUUUCCUUUAUUUUUUUUUUCUUCUUUCUUUCUUUCCUAUGCAUAGGUUUCAUCAUACAUUUGUCUUUGUCUCCUUGGAGAUGAAGCUGACUUUAAGCCUCACAUUUGCAUCCAAAGGGCAGUCUCACUGUUUUUCUCUGCAUCCCAUUAACCAAAAGAGAAUGACCAUAAAAUAUACUAAUAUUCCAUUUUACAUAAAAAAAACAGCAUGAUAAAAACACACAAGUAAUUAUUCUGAUGACUGGGUGUGUGCUGUCAUGUUCCUUGUAAUAUUUAGGUUUUUGUGAAUGAAAUCACUUUUUGAGACUUGAAGUGGUGUGUAUGUAUGAAACUGGUGUACUUUUUGUUUUGUGAAUCAUAAGAAAAAGCAACUUUAAACAGGUACUUUAAAAUAGAAGAUACUUCUUUAAUUACCAUUUUCCCCACUGUGGACUCUAGUUUGAUGGGCAUUAUUCCUUUGUACUUUACACCUUCUUCUGUGCCAAACUUUAGUUGCAUGGACUCAAAUCUGGAGUGGGACCAGCAGAUCAACAGCAAGUCACUCAUCACAAGAAAAAUACAUUUCUAAAACUACACCACUUCCACUGUUUGGUACGUAAAAAUCAUCUAAAGCCUUAGAUUAUUUUUUUUCCAUUUGAAGGUUGUUUGCAUUCGAAGAAUCGGUUUUGAAGCACAAGGCAAUGCAGAAGGCACUCUGCAUCAGUAAUACAGUGUAUCAGAUAAAUCAUGGAUGUGACCACAAUAACGGGAAUCAGAGAAAAUAGUUCCAAGUGUAACGUCACGCUUCACUGUGAUUUCUUUUUUUCUACUGCUUGAUCUACUUUCAAGUACUGUAUGUGCACCAUUCCUUUAUUCAAUACAAAUACCAUUCUGCUGUGCUGUUGUGCUCCUCUGCUGAAUGUAUACGAUCACACACUUUUUUUUCUCCUUUUCCUAAAGAUCACAGUUUGGUGAGACUGACUUGCUUGUUUUUCUGAGUUGAGCUGUAAUAUUGACCUGCAGAUAAUAAAGUUCAUUAUAUAAAA